AUGUCGUACUUCUUCGCUACCCCGGUCGACAUCGACGUCGUCCUCGACGACACGGACGAGCGGUCCAUGGUCGACGUCAAGCUCGACAAGAACAGGCGGGAGAAGGCCCCGCUGUACAUGGACGGCGAGUCGGUCAAGGGCGCCGUGACGGUGCGCCCCAAGGACGGCAAGCGCCUCGAGCACACGGGCAUCAAGGUGCAGUUCAUCGGCACGAUCGAGAUGUUCUUCGACCGCGGCAACCACUACGAGUUCCUCUCGCUCGUGCAGGAGCUCGCCGCGCCGGGCGAGCUGCAGCACCCGCAGACCUUCGACUUCAACUUCAAGAACGUCGAGAAGCAGUACGAGUCGUACGCGGGCAUCAACGUCAAGCUGCGCUACUUUGUGCGCGUCACCGUCUCGCGCCGCAUGGCCGACGUCAUCCGCGAGAAGGACAUCUGGGUCUACAGCUACCGCAUCCCGCCCGAGAUGAACAGCUCCAUCAAGAUGGACGUCGGCAUCGAGGACUGCCUGCACAUCGAGUUCGAGUAUUCCAAGUCCAAGUACCACCUCAAGGACGUCAUCGUCGGCCGCAUCUACUUCCUGCUCGUCCGCCUCAAGAUCAAGCACAUGGAGCUGUCCAUCAUCCGCCGCGAGACCACCGGCGCCGCGCCCAACCAGUACAACGAGAGCGAGACCCUCGUGCGCUUCGAGAUCAUGGACGGCUCGCCCUCGCGCGGCGAGACCAUCCCCAUUCGGCUCUUCCUCGGCGGCUUCGACCUGACCCCGACCUUCCGCGACGUCAACAAGAAGUUCUCGACGAGGUAUUAUCUGAGUCUCGUGCUGAUAGAUGAGGACGCAAGGAGAUACUUCAAACAGUCAGAGAUCAUUCUGUAUAGGCAAGCCCCCGAGCUUGCAAACGGCAAUGGGGAGCCCGCAGCGCUGCCUGCGCCACCGCCCGAGCGGACCAUCCAGGCGGUUCCGGCGUGA